AUGCAGUCAAAAUUUGGGGCCAAUAGCACAGCCAUUACUGAGUUCAUCCUGCUGGGCUUGGUGGAGACACCAGGGCUACAACCAGUUGUCUUUGUAGUCUUCCUCUUUGCCUACCUGGUCACAGUCGGAGGCAACCUCAGCAUCCUGGCUGCCAUCUUCGUGGAACCCAAACUCCACACGCCCAUGUACUUCUUCCUGGGGAACCUGUCAGUGCUGGAUGUUGGGUGCAUCACUGUCACUGUUCCCUCAAUGUUGGCUCGCCUCCUGUCCCACAAACGUACAGUUCCCUACAGAGCCUGCCUCACACAACUCUUCUUCUUCCAUCUCUUGGUUGGGGUGGACUGCUUCCUGUUGACAGCCAUGGCCUAUGACCGAUUCCUGGCCAUCUGCCGGCCCCUCACCUACAGCACCCGGAUGAGCCAGACAGUCCAGAGAAUAUUGGUAGUUGUGUCCUGGGCUUUAGCCUUCACCAAUGCACUGACCCACACAGUAGCCAUAGCCACACUCAACUUUUGUGGUCCUAAUGUGAUCAACCACUUCUACUGCGACCUCCCACAGCUCUUCCAGCUCUCCUGCUCCAGCACUCAGCUCAAUGAGCUGCUGCUCUUUGCUGUGGGUUUCAUAAUGGCAGGUACCCCCUUGGCUCUCAUCAUCACUUCCUAUGCACAUGUGGCAGCUGCAGUCCUACGAAUCCGCUCUGCUGAGGGCAGGAAGAAAGCUUUCUCUACAUGUGGCUCUCAUCUCACUGUGGUAGCCAUAUUCUAUGGUUCAGGUAUAUUUAAUUACAUGCGACUGGGUACAGCCAAGCAUUCAGACAAGGAUAAAGGGGUUGGGGUCUUCAACACUGUCAUCAACCCCAUGCUGAAUCCAAUCAUUUACAGCCUCAGGAACCUUGAUGUACAGGGUGCCCUCUGGCGGGUGCUCAGGGGAAGGCAGUCACUGGCUUGA